AUGGAAUAUUUAAGUAAAUUUUACAUUAAAGGUAUGAGAAAAGAAAAAGAAAAUGUGUACUAUGAUGAGGACAUUGUAAAAAAAAUUAAAUUAAAAAAUUGUUGCAAAAGAUGGAGUAAUAAUAUAAAUAAUGAAAAUGAUUUUAUAAAUUAUAAAAAUGAAAUCGAUGAAAAUUCCUUUUUAAAAGUUUUAGAAAGAACAUGGAGACAUUUCUUUAAUAAUGAAAAAAAAGCCCAAUUAAUUUAUCAUGAAAAUGAUGCAACUUUGAACACAUUACCAAAUUUUUUAAUUAUUGAUACUGUGACAAAUGCCGAAGUAAAUGUCCUGCCUAACAAUUCUAACACAGAUAGUAGCCUUAUUAUAUCUGUAAAAGAAGAUGAUCAAAACUAUCUUUUAAAUGAUAGUUUAGAUAUAAUUGAAAAUGAAGAGAGUCUCAAUACAUCUAUUAGUAAUUUAUCUGACUAUGAAAAUAGCUGUUCAAGUGCUCCUAUCCGUUUAACAGAUAUAUAUACCCGAGUACAAGUUACUAAAGAAAAUUUAUGUACAACGACAUGUAUUAGAAUAGAUAUAACAUCUGCAAUUGAAACAAAUAAUUCUUCUUAUAGUGAAAAUGAUAUAAGCUCAUAUAUUGAAGAUGAUACCACUGGUUGUAUUGAAAAUAAUUCCAAUUCAACUAUUAACCCAUCUAUACAUUUAUUUGAUAAUAAAAAGGGUGAUACUUUUUUUAGCCAUACAUCAGAUAAAAAUAUAGAAAUAAAAAAAAAAAUUAAUAAAAAUAAUUCAUUAAAUAAAAAACGUAUAAAUAUAUAUCAUAAACAUGAUGAUACAUAUAAAUUUUACGAUAAAGACAUUGAUGACUUUUUAAUUUUACCUGAUAUAAUAAUGGAUAAUUAUGACGAAAAAAAUAAUAAACAAAAUCAAAUAUACAAUGAAUCUACAACCUUUAGUAAUCUGAUUAUGACCGACAAAGAGGUACCAAAUACCAACACUGAAAAUAGUACUGAUAGAAAUAAUUUGACAACCUCAGAUAAUAGUAAUGUUAGUUCUUCCUCUCAAUUAGCCAUAAAAAAUGAAGUAUCAAAUAGUAUAAUUCCAAUGGAAGAAACACCAAAUCGACAAUAG